UGUCAUUCACCGUCUGGCAACGGUGCGUCGAGCUGUCAAAAGCAGGAAGUUAACAAUGUGAAGCUUCUUUCGGGUUUUUUUUUCGUUCCCUCCUCUUUAAUUUGUUUUCCACCCUGUGUGUCAACACAACGUGCACAUGGACCCGUAAGUUUAUGCUGUGUAAGGCAAACGGCAUGCUAGCCAAACAAUCGUUAAAAGAAAUCAAGACAACCGUGACACUGAUGCUGAUGAUAAGCCCCAGGAUGGCAUCAGGUAUGCAAGAGAAGCAGUACACUCCUUCUCUGCUCAAUUUCUUCAUUUAUAAUCCCACGUUUGGACCACGGGAAGGAGAGGAAGAGAAGAAAAUACUGUUUUAUCACCCCAGUGAUGUGGAGAAGAAUGAGAAGAUCCGAAAUGUCGGCCUCUGUGAAGCUAUUGUUCAAUUCACCAGAACGUUCUGCCCAACCAAACCAGCAAAAUCCCUGCACACUCAGAAGAACCGGCAGUUUUUCUUUGAGCCUGAGAACAAUUUUUGGAUGGUCAUGGUGGUUCGAAACCCGAUGAUUGAAAAACCCAAUAAAGAUGGAAAACCUCCCACGAUAGAGUAUCAAGAAGAGGAAAUACUUGACACAGUGUAUGGUGCAGUGGUAAAGCAAUGCUACAGCAUGUACAAGCUUUUCAAUGGUACCUUCAGUAGAGCCAUGGAGGCCGGCGGAGUGGAGCUGCUAAUUCCGAAGCUUGAAAAGUUCUUCUACAGGUAUCUGCAGACUCUCCACCUGCAGUCAUGUGACCUGCUGGACGUAUUUGGAGGCAUCAGUUUCUUCCCACUGGACAAGAUGACGUAUUUGAAGAUCCAGUCGUUUGUCAACCGAGUGGAGGAGAGCCUGAGCCUCAUCAAAUACACAGCCUUCCUGUAUAAUGACCAGCUCAUAUGGAGUGGCCUGGAACAAGACGACAUGAGGAUCCUGUACAAGUACCUGACCACUUCACUGUUCCCCAGGCACUCUGAGCCAGAACUGGCUGGGAGGGACUCUCCACUGAGGCCAGAGAUUGCUGGCAAUUUGUUGCACUACGGGAGGUUCUUGACAGGACCUUCUAAUCUCAAAGAUCCUGAGGCCAAGUUUCGUUUCCCUAAAAUAUUUGUCAGUUUAGAGGAUGGCUAUGAGGAGCUGCAUCUGAUUGUUUAUAAGGCGAUGAGUGCUGCUGCCUGCUUCAUGGUCGACGCUUCUGUGGAGUUGACAAGAGACUUCUGUGAGCAGUUGGAUGGAUUAGUGGGCCCGCAACUCACCCUGCUGGCGUCUGAUAUAUGCGAGCAGUUCACCAUCAACCGCAGGAUAUCAGGGCCAGAGAAGGAGCCCCAGUUUAAGUUCAUCUACUUCAACCACAUGAACCUGGCAGAGAAAAGCACGAUACACAUGAGGAAGACGGCCAGUAUCUGCCUCACUUCUGUCCACCCUGACCUCAUGAAGAUCUUGGGGGACAUCAACUGUGACUUUGCCAGAGUUGAUGAAGAUGAAGAAAUCAUUGUGAAAGCAAUGACAGACUACUGGGUUGUUGGCAAGAAGUCAGACCAGAGAGAACUUUAUGUGAUAUUAAAUCAGAAGAAUGCUAAUCUGAUUGAAGUUAAUGAGGAGGUUAAAAGGCUUUGUGCGACGCAGUUCAACAACAUCUUUUUCCUGGACUAGUGGAAUGGACACAAAGACUCUUUGACCACACUACAAACUUGUCAGUGUUGUAGGGAACCACAGCAGCAUUUGUGUAAUGCAAUAAUUGCAUUGUAAGAAAAAAAAAAAAAAAGCUUUCUCACCUUAAUUUUUAAUUUAACCUUUACAAUGUAAUGUACUUUUGUAAUUAAGUGUAUAAAAAAUCCCUCUGUGUGUACUUUA